AUGCGUUGGCAUAAGGAGGGACUGGUCCAAGAUGGAAAAAUGCGACACCCUGCUAACUCCAUGGCAUGGAAGCACGUGGAUGAAAAGUAUGAGGAUUUUGCAUUGGAUCCUCGUAAUGUAAGGUUGGGUCUUGCAUCUGAUGGCUUUAAUCCAUUUGGGAUGAUGAAUGUGACAUACACUAUAUGGCCUGUGAUCCUAAUACCUUACAAUUUGCCUCCUUGGUUGUGUUUAAAACAACCGUUCUGGAUGAUGUCAAUGUUGAUACCAGGGCCAAAAUCUCCUGGCUGGAGCACAAAAGGCAAGUUUGCAUGUCCAUACUGCAAUAAGGAUACUGACUAUUUAUGGUUGAAAUUUGGGUCCAAGCACUGCUACAUGGGUCAUCGCCGUUUUUUGCCAAUGGGCCACAAGUGGCGCCGCAACAAGAUUAGCUUCAACAACAAGGUGGAAACCAGGGACGCUCCAGUACCGCUGACUGGUGAACAGGUGAUGCAGCAGUAUGAAAGCUUUGAGCAAGUGACAUUUGGGAACGCCUCAAAAAAGAGGAAGCAACGUGAGGAAGAAACCAGAUGGCACAACUGGAGGAAGAAAAGUAUUUUUUUUGAAUUGCCGUACUGGGAAACAUUGCUUGUAAGGCAUAAUUUGGAUGUGAUGCAUAUUGAAAAAAACAUUUGUGAGAGCAUACUAGGGACUUUGCUUGGCAUGGCUGGUAAAUCAAAGGAUAGCGAAAAGGCUCGCCUUGACAUGGAAGAAUUGGGCAUGAGAAAGGAUCAACAUCCUUUGGUGAAGAAUGACAAGUACACUUUGCCUCCUGCAUUGUACUCUCUAGGCCCGGAUGAGAAGACAUAUUUAUGCAAAUUUCUUCAAGGUGUGAAGAUGCCUGAUGGUUAUGCCUCUAAUAUCAAGAGAUGCGUGGACAUGACAAGGUUACGUAACAUAUUGCCAGAAGAGGUUGUUAUCCCAUUGAUUGAGCUUAGUAGGUUCUUCAAUGAAAUAUGUUCAAAGGAGUUGAGCACUGAAGAGUUAGAUAAACUGAGCAUUUCAAUUAGAGAAACUCUUUGUUGUCUUGAAAUGAUCUUCCCACCAGCUUUCUUUGAUAUCAUGAUGCAUUUGCCGGUUCAUCUUGCUGAAGAGGCUAAACUAGGAGGACCUGUAUGCUAUAGAUGGAUGUACCCAAUUGAGAGGUAUCUGCGUACUCUUAAAGGCUAUGUGCGGAACAAAGCGUACCCUGAAGGUUCAAUAGCUGAGGGAUAUAUCUUAGAGGAGUGCAUGACAUUUUGCUCUCGCUUCUUGGAAGAUGUUGACACCAAGAUGAACCGUCCAGAGAGACACGAAAGUGCCACCAUAAAUGAACCACCAUCUGGUCUAAGCAUAUUCGGCAACAUUGAUUAUACUAAGAAAGGAUUUACAUUGGAGACCAUUCCUAAGACAUAUGUGCAACGCAUGAGGCACUGGAUAUUAACAAAUUGUGAUGAGGCCAUUCCCUGGGUCAAGAAACAGUCAGUCAGAAAUGUUGAGCAGCGUCAUAGGGAGCAAUUUGUAGGCUGGUUCGAGCCUCAAAUAGAGAAGAAUCUGAGUACACAGAAUAGUGGUGUUGUUGUGAGAGGCGAUGGUAGUGCUGGCGACAUCAACUGGUAUGGUGUUGUUAAAAAGAUUUAUGCACUUGAUUUUCCAACCCAAAAGGAAGUCAUCCUGUUUGAAUGUAACUGGUACGACGUAGCUGCUACUAGUAAGAGCAAAGGUAGAGGAUUUAAAAGGGACCAGUAUGGGAUUAUCGACAUUGAUGCAUCUCGAUUGCGAUAUCUAAAUGAUCCUUACAUUUUGGGCGCACAAGCUGAGCAGGUGUUUUAUGUGAAAGGUACCAAGAGACCAGAUUUGUGCACUGUUAUCACAAUGAAGCCUAGAAAUUUAUUCGCCAUGCCAGACUCAGUACAUAUAGAUAACGAGGGAGAAAUUGAUGUUGACUCACUAGAUGUCAGAGUGGAAGACAUGAUAGAUUCAUGCAGACAUGCAGAGUUGACAAAUUGGACUAGGUCGGGUAUUGAAGGUGUUACUGGUGAUGCUUCUAUUAUUAAAAAGGCGCAUGCUGAUUCUAUACCUGAACCACCAGCUAUUGACAUAGCAGACGAUGAAGAAGAUGACACCUCCGACGACUAUAUUGAUGAUGGAUAUGUAGCACCAGUGAAUUCUAACGUUGAAGGACCUGAUUGUGCAUUUUUCAUAUAG